AGUCAAGAGAACAAGGGGACAUGAAUUUCCAGCUGAUCCUGAGCGCACUUGGGCUUUUUCUCCUUCUGGCUGAAAGUAUGGAAAUACUAGGGAUGGACAAGCACUGCUUAUGUAUAAAGCAUGAAUCACGGUUCAUCCCACUGAAGAGCAUUAAGAAAAUAGAAAUCAGUCCUGCGGGGGCACAUUGCAAGACCUUUGAGGUUAUUGCCAGGCUUGUAGCAGGGGAGAGUGUUUGCUUGAAUCAGCGUGCAUCUUGGGUGAAGAAAAUCAUUCAGCACAUGUUUAGUCAGAAAAAUCAGAAAAGAUCCAUUGGAUGAUGGAAAUAUAUAACAUCUCAACAACAAGGAACAAAAUCAACAUUGUUUUUGAGUAGCCUGCAUACAUUAUUUUAUAUUUUAUAGUUUAUGCUGAAAAUGCUACAAAAGAAUUGUUCUAGUUGAACACAGUUCAGCUGUGUUUAGAAUGUACUGACCAAAUGUAAUGACUAAACCCUAAACAAAAAAAGUGCUUAACAGAUAUUAUGAUGUUCAGUGUGCGUAGACUGCAAAGGAACAAGUAAUAGGUUUAUUCCAUGCUGAAAAGUGAAGAAAGGAAACAACAUUUUGGAUGUGGAGUAUUUUCUAUUAUUUAACAUUAAUUAACUAUGAUAAUUUAUUGUCAUUCAUUCUGUUUUUAGGGAAUAUUACCUUAAAUCUGCCCCAGCUUUGUUAUUUAUUUGCUGAAAACAUGUUGAAUUCUUUGUCAUUGUCUAGUUUAUGUAAUCCUGUAUAAUGGAAUAAUUCUGAAAACAUUCAAGUGUCCACAACGUUUCUAGUAAAAGCAGAGGUAUUGUAUGGUUGCUUGUGUAUUAAACCUAUCAGAAUAUAUUGUGCUAGGAUUGUUUUACUGUGGAACCAUAUCUGUAAAACGACAGAAAAAUAAUUUGUGAAUUAUUCAAAUAAAGUGACUAUAACA